AUGGCUGAGUCAUGUGCUGCAUUCAAAGAAAAUGUUUGCCAACAGAAUAAGAAUAAAUGUUUUAACUGUGGUAAAGCGAAAGAAAAGCAUCCUACUAAGGCAUCUUCCCACCAGAUUCGAAUACCUGGAAUCCAAUCAACUGCAUCUCAUCCUGCAAUGACGAAAAACAGCAAGAAUGCUCAAAGGCGAGGGGACGACACUACAAGUAAUCAAGUAACUAUUGAUAACUCUCAAUCUUUGUUAUGCUCAAAUAUGAAAGCUUUGAUCAUAACAACAACUAAAACAGAUGAAGACACAUUUCAUGACUCAUUACCAACGGAGCUUGAGCCAGCUGCAGAAUUGACUACGGAACUCAACACGUUAACGAUUGGAUCACCAGCACAAAGUACCCAAGAUGUUGUUAUACAUGACACACCUGAGUCUUGGGUGGUAGAACAAGUAGUUGACUGGCUUGAAUCUGUUGGUUUAGGCGAAUUUAUCGAAAACUUUAAGGACAACGAAAUUGAUGGUUCAUUACUAAUGAGUGAUGGCUUAGACGAUACAACGUUGAAACAAUUAGUUGCUAAAAUAAAGUAUCAGAUAAUGUUCAAAAAUGAACUUGCCAAACUAAAAUCAAAAUAUCAAGAGAAGUCUAUAGUAUCAACAACAGAUAGCAAUGAUGCUCAAGGUCACAAAGUCCUACCAGCAGGUUAG